AUGACGAAGAAGGCAGCGGAGACGCACCGCCCAAGGCUGAGGGCGGAGGCCCCAAAGAUGCCGACGUUUAAUUCGAAGACGGCGCGAAAGCCAUUUCGACAAUCAGGGCUGCGAAAUACCUUUAACCCUCAAGAUGAAGAUACGUCAGGCGACAGAGACGAGACAUCAGGAGGCAAUGACGACGACGACAAUGGCCCCGUGGUGGUGCGACCAGGUAUCAAUCGAUCAGGAUUAUCGAAGCAGAAAAAGAAGAUUCCCAAAUCGAAGCUCUCGUUUGGUGGCGACGCUGGUCAAGAAGAUGAUGAGCCUAUAAGCGACUUUGGCCCGUCAAGGAAGGCAGCAAUGGGACAGAAAGUACUUGAAAACAACACUCUGAAGCGUGGAAUGGCUGCUCGAGGAUUACCGUUACCGGUGCGAUCAUAUCAGGAAGAUGACGACAGGCCAAGAUAUAGCAAGGAAUAUCUCGAUGAACUUCAAUCAUCAACACCAAAUACCCCCAGCGACCUCUCAUCAUUAAAGGCGAAUCUCGACGACGAGAUGGACUUGGAUCCGUCCGAGCUAGAAGGUGCUCUGAUAGUAGACUCCCCGAUGCCAUCUUCCAUGGGCCAGCCUCAGGCUACUCAGAUACUCACCGAUGCGGAAAUUCGCGAAAGGAAAGAGCGGAGAGCGCGGCUAGCGAAGGAGAAGGACUAUAUUUCCAUGGAAGAUGAGGAUGAUGGGCUAUUUGGUCGAAAGAAGAAGGAUGACAGCCGAUUGGUUGCUGAAGAUGAGGAUUUGGGAGAAGGAUUUGAUGACUAUGUCGAAGACGGCGGGUUGUCAUUAGGCAAACGCGCAGAGAAGGAACGACGGAAACAAGAGCGCCAAACGAUGGCUGAGCUCAUUAACGCAGCUGAAGGACAUAGUUCGGAGUCAUCAGAAGACAGCGAUGCCGAGCGGCGGAUUGCGUAUGAAACAGCGCAGACGCGCGCUGGCAUGGACGGCUUGAAGAAGCCGCGGAAAGAUGUCAACGAACAGCUGCUACAAGUUCCUCCCAAGAUAACGCCUCUACCAAGCCUUGCAGAAUGCUUGGUUCAGCUGCAGGCAUCGCUGAAAAUGAUGCAGGGCGAUAUCAAUAUCAAGACAGCCACAGUUACGCAGCUUACUCGCGAAAGAGACGACAUUGUUAAAAGAGAGGCUGAAGUACAAGCAUUUUUGAAUGAAACCGGCAAAAAGUAUGAAGAGGCCAUGGGUCGGAAACCCGAUUCGGCUGAUGGAGUUGCUGCUGCUGGGCCAGGGGCUGAGCUGGCUGGUGAAAGAGGGCUGGAGAGCUUGGGAGCGACGCCGAUGAAGGAAGUUGAUAUGGAAGACAUUGAAUAACGACUUUUGGAUUCCGAUUCUCAAUAAUGACAAUUUAAUCAUGUAUAAAUAUUAAGACACUAUAGCGAGGUACUUGGCUAGCUGUUGAUACUGGGCACAGCUGGAUAUAAUAAUGAAGGACUGUUUGGUC